AUGCCCUUUUCUCGAGGUUGAUUCGGCGUUCUAAAAUCCUUGCUUCCAAACGCGACGCGAGAGGGAGGAUGGAGCGGUUGGUUGAAGGUCGUGCUAUGUGGCGGAAGACGGCGUUCCUGGUGGCGGCCGCGGCGAUGCUAACUUGCGCAGUUUGUCAUCCACCGAAGCUUCACAGGGUCGGAGGAGCGGCGGGUUGGACGAGGGACGUCAACUACACUCAAUGGGAGGCUCACGAUCAGUUUUACGUCGGCGAUUGGCUCUAUUUUGUCUUCGACAAGCGCUACUUCAAUGUGCUGGAGGUAAACAAGACCAACUACGAGCAGUGCAAUGACCAAAACUUCAUUACCAACAUUACAAGGGGCGGGAGGGACGUGUUUAACCUCACUCAAGCAAAGCCUUACUACUUCCUCAGCAGCGGAGGCUACUGCUUUAAUGGCAUGAAACUGGCUAUCAAUGUCCAAAAUUACAUUUCUCCUCCAGCCCCUGCUCCAGCCAAAAAUGGUGGUGGUUAUUCACACACAGGCUGCUGCCAGAGCCAGAUAAUAAUCCUUUUCUUUGUGCUUCAAAUCACUCUUCUCGCAUUAUGGGCCUCUUUUUGAGAUACACUAAAGUAAACUCUAUUAAUAAUUUGGUAGCUGCAUAUGACAUACAAGUCCAUUAAAGUUGAAAUUCCUUUCCUUUCUCACAGUGGUUUGAAUCAGAAUCAGCAGAGAUGUGACUCUUCUCAGUUAAUUUAUUAUCUGAUGGAUCUUGAUGUUGAGUUAGAAGAUGCUCUAGCUUAUUGCUUUCUUAUUAAUUAAUG